CGCGCGGCGAGCGCGAAUGGAUCGUCUUAUUCGCCGUCGCUCUAAGUUACGAACUCGGUGUAGCGAAGACUCGGUCAAAGUCUUGACGAACAGUUCGAAACGGAUUCGGACGGUCGCGAUAUCGAUGCGCAGUGAUAAUUGAACAAGGGAUAAGAAAAAAACGAAGAAGAGGGGGGACGCGAACCCCCGAGUUCCGUUAAUGCAAUAUUAAGGAAAAGUAUAAUCAGUGAAAGUGUAACGAGAGUUCGUCGGCACGGUGUGCUCGAAAGCUACGUGCCAACCAACCCCUACGAGACAUGGGCAGUUUUGUUUUAUCGUGACGCACAGUGCGCCAGCCAGCGGUAAAAAUACCAAACCGUUUGAUUUUUGUUCCGUUUUUCUUCGGUUCAAGUUUGUUUCCAUUCAUUCAUACCCCCCGACCCUCGUUUCACGGUUCCGUCGGAAAAUCUUCACACGAUGCUUACAGUGCUGUGUUCGCCCUCGUGGAAGUGGAGUGCUAGUGUGGUGGUUAUCUGUUUCGUACUGUCCUCCGGGGUGCGGGGCACCUGCCACUGGGCCCCGGAAGGAAACGACACGCGAUCCGCCGUCUGCGCGCUUCUCAAGCUCAACUCCUCGGCAAUCGCCACCCUUCUGCCCGCCCUCGACGGCGCCCUCAAGCUCAGGCUGACCUGCAGCAACGUUCACCACUUCGAGAGCCUGAUUUCAACGGAGAGCUGGCACCGGCUGAGCGGCCUUCACGAGCUCCACGUCGACGGGUGCAAGCUGCUGCGGCUACCGGCCUCCGCGUUCCAACCCCUCGCCGAGCUCAAGCGGCUCACCCUCCAGACGUUGAACACCGAAUGGGGUGCCGGUCGCACCCUCGAGCUCGUUCCCGGCGCUCUUGCCGGUCUCCGGGAGCUGCAGACUCUCGAGAUCAUAGACAGCAACCUGCGAGUCCUGCCGCCGAACGUUUUGUGCGAGCUCGGCAAUCUCCAGGUUCUGAACCUCACGGGAAAUCAUCUGCGGGAGAUAAGCGAGGUCGGCCUCGCCGACAGCCGGGCUAAUCGUGCGAAAUGCCACGCGGAUAUUCGGGCCCUGGAUUUGUCUCACAACGAGAUCCGAAGCCUCCCCGAGGAGAGUCCGUUGUCCGGUUUGCGCCAACUGCAGGAGCUCCACCUCCAGCACAAUUCCAUCGCUGAAAUCGCCAGCGACGCGCUCACCGGACUCACCAGCCUUCGCCUCUUCAACGUCAGCUACAACAUCCUAGGCUCCUUGCCCGAGGCCCUCUUCGCCAGCACCCGCGAUCUCCGGGAGGUGCAUCUGCAGCACAACGAGCUCCGUGAUCUUCCACGGGGCACGUUCACUCGGCUCGAGCAGCUGCUGGUCCUGAAUUUAGCCGGGAACACGCUCGGCAGCGAUCGGGUAGACGAGACCACCUUUUUGGGCCUGAUUCGUCUGAUAGUCCUCGACUUGUCCCACAACGCUCUGACUCGCAUCGACGCCCGCAUGUUCAAGGAUCUCUUCUUCCUCCAGAUCCUUGAUCUCCGGAACAACUCGAUCGGGCACAUCGAGAGCAACGCCUUUCUGCCUCUCUACAACCUGCACACCUUGGAGCUUUCCGAAAAUCGGCUCCAUUCGAUCGGACCUCAGCUGUUCAACGGACUGUUUGUUCUGAGCCGGUUGACUCUGUCCGGAAAUAUGAUCGUCUCCGUUGAUCCGAUGGCUUUUCGGAACUGUUCCGACCUCAAGGAGCUCGACCUCAGCGGAAACUCGCUCAGCAUCGUUCCGGAGGCGCUCCGCGAUCUUGCGUUCCUGAAGACCCUCGACCUCGGCGAGAAUCAAAUCAGUGAAUUUCGCAACGGAUCCUUCCGGAAUCUGCACCAGCUCACCGGGCUCCGUUUGAUCAGCAACAACAUCGGGAACCUGACGCGAGGCAUGCUCUGGGAUCUACCGAAUCUGCAGAUAUUGAAUCUCGCCAGAAACAAAGUCCAGCACGUCGAGCUCGACGCGUUCGAACGGAACACGAGGCUCGAGGCGAUUCGGCUCGACGGAAAUUUUCUAUCGGACAUAAACGGCGUGUUCACGAGCAUCGCCAGUCUCCUGCUGCUCAAUCUGUCCGAGAAUCACAUCGAGUGGUUCGACUACGCGUUCAUACCGAACAAUCUCAAGUGGCUCGACGUUCACGGAAAUUUCAUUGAGAGUCUGGGAAAUUAUUACGGUAUAAGUGAUCUGAAAGUGAGGACACUCGACGCCAGUCACAACCGGAUUACCGAACUCUCGCCGAUCGCGAUACCGGACAGUGUUGAACUCUUGUUCAUAAACAAUAACUACAUCAGCCUCGUGCGUCCGAACACCUUCACCGGAAAAGUGAAUCUCACCCGCGUCGACAUGUACGCGAACAUGAUCGAGACCAUGGAGCUUACGGCGCUACGUCUGACUCCGGUUCCGGCCGGGAAGUCCCUGCCCGAGUUUUACAUCGGCGGGAAUCCGUUCAACUGUAAUUGCUCGAUGGACUGGCUUCCGGUGAUCAACAACAUGACCGCGCUCCGUCAGCAUCCGCGAGUCAUGGACCUGGACAACGCGAUGUGCCGUGUAUCCGGGCCGCGAGGCACGGCGAUCGUUCCCGCCAUCGAGGCGAGACCCGAGCAAUUUUUGUGCCGCUACGAAGCUCACUGCUUCGCCCUCUGCCACUGCUGUGACUUCGACGCCUGCGACUGCGAGAUGACUUGUCCGUCGGACUGCAAGUGCUACCACGACCAGACCUGGAACACCAACGUCGUAGACUGCUCGGGUCUGGGCGCCCCGGAAAUUCCCCGGCGAAUUCCUAUGGACGCUACGGAGGUCUACCUCGACGGCAACGACCUGCGGGAGCUUCAGAAUCACGUGUUCAUCGGGCGUAAGAACAUGCGAGUUCUGUACGUGAACGGUAGCGGGAUAGAGUCGAUCCAGAAUCGGACGUUCAACGGACUGAACAACCUCCAGACGCUGCACCUCGAGGACAACAGGAUCCACGACCUUAAAGGAUUCGAGUUCGAGCACUUGUCGCACCUGCGAGAACUUUACCUCCACAACAACCUGAUCGGAUUCGUAAGCAACGUUACCCUGGUGCCGCUCAGAUCCCUCGAGAUACUCAGACUGGACGGUAACAGGCUCGUCACGUUCCCCAUCUGGCAGCUGACCCUGAACGUCCGCCUGACCGAGCUGUCUCUUGGGAGCAACCCAUGGUCCUGUAGAUGCAAGUUUCUGCAGGAGCUUACCACCUGGGUGUCGGAGAACGCGCACAAGGUCGUCGACUCGACGGACGUCUGGUGUGACAACAACGAAACCCGGCCCGCCUAUCGACGGCGCCUCGACGUGAACGAGACCGCCUGUUCGGACUACUUUGCCCAGGGUGGUGUCAUCGAGAGUAUAAUGGUCUCCGACUACCUUCCCAUGGUCGCGGCAACCCUCUCGGCGGUCCUUCUCCUCCUCGUGGUCACCGUCCUGGCUUUCAUAUUCCGAGAACCGGUGCGAACGUGGGCUUACUCGCGUUACGGUGUCAGGUUGUGGGCAAAGGCUGCGCCGCCCGAUGACAGGGAGCGACUCUACGACGGGUACCUCUGCUACAGUCCGAAGGACGAGGACUUCGUCCUGCGAUCGCUGGUCGCCGAGCUCGAACACGGCGCCGGGGCCGGAAGCGGCGGUCUGAGGCUGUGCCUCCAUCACCGGGAUCUCCCCUGCCUGAGAGCCGCGGCUCCCGUCGUCCUGGAGGCGGCCGAGGCCUCGAGGAGGGUGCUGAUCGUCCUUACGCGAAAUUUCCUGCAAACGGAGUGGUCGAGGUUCGAGUUCCGCGCGGCGGUCCACGAGGCGCUUCGCGGUCGUCCUGGGCAGCUGGUCGUCGUCCAGGCAGGGCCGGUCGCCCCGGAGGCGGAGUCCGACCCGGAGCUGAGGCCGUACCUCAGGACGGCGGUGAGGCUGCGCUGGGGUGAAAAGAGGUUCUGGGAAAGGCUCAGGUUCGCGAUGCCCGCGGGUGACGCGCUACGUCGCAAACCCUCGUCCCUCUACAGACGCAACGUGAAUACCUACACCCUCGAGGGCCGCCCCGAGAAGGGCACGCCGACGCUCCGGGUCCACGGACACAUAGCCGGUCACCAUCACCCCCUCUUCAAGGAUUCACCGGAGCUCCUCCAGGCCCCCCCGGCGUAUUCGAGCACGGCCACGCUCCAGAGCCACAAUAACGGGAGGCUGAAGAUCGGCGGGAGGGAAACGCCGGGCAGCACCGCCAGUCCGAGUCCCAGGCUGACGGUGAACCAUGCGUACCAGGAAACCGGUCUCGAGGGCGCCGGGAACGCUGGCAGGAGGCCCCUGUCCGAGCACAUUUACUCCUCCAUAGACUCGGACUAUUCGACCCUCGAGAGAAACGCGUGGCGGCAGCAGCAACCCCCGCCCCCCGGACAAGCCUAUCUUGUGUAGUUCGUUUUUCGCCAUUAUUAUGAUCCUCACCCGCCCGCGAAGCCCGCCUGCCUGACGCUCGAGUUUGUAAUAAUUAUCGUAAUCGUAAUAUUCGUAAUAUCCGUAAUAACGAUCAUAUUAUUAAUAAUGAAUGAUAAGAAUAACGAUAAUAAUGCUAUUAAUAUUCGUAAGGAUAAUGAUA